AUGCGAUAAAAUGAAAAGAGUACAAAGGUGGAAUGAAAGGAGCGAAAAAUAUCAUGAUCUGUCAAAGUUAGUAUUACAUCACGCGUUUUUAUAAUUUUCCCAUCAUAUCAUCAUCUUAUUUCUCUUUUGUGCAACACAACGACGACGACGACCAUUUGUUUUUGUAAUCAAACAAAAACGACGACGCAAUGAUUUAAAUUCUUGAUUUUCCAUCAGAAAAAAAUAACAAAAAAAUCAUCUAGAUAAUCAUUGAGUCGAGGUAUUGCUAGUGAAUGGAGUGAAACAUUAGUUUUCAUUAACAUCAAUAGAAGAGAACGAUUUGUGUGCAAACGAGUAAACCACGAGUGAUAACGAAACGAAAUCUUGCAUUUUGGUGGCAUUUUGUGUUUUGUUCGAAAGAAUAAAAAACGACAAAGUGACGAACGGUAUUCGGAUAAAUGCAAGAGUGAGAUUUGAUUAUGUCUAGUUGUGAAUCUGAAAAUAAGCAGUUGUAAUCUUCAGUUCGCAAGCACUCUCCUAUUUAGAUAAAUAUAUUUAUCUUCAGCACCGAUUUGUAAAACAAACGAAAAUAGCUAGCUGUUGACACCAUACCGAUUACUCUGCUCUUGUCAUUGAGUUUUUUUUUUCUGUUUUCAUUUGGUUUAAUUGCUGACAAGAAGGGAGACAAACCAACAAUCAUAGAAAGUAUUGAAUCUAAGACUCUCCUAAUUGUGUGCUGUUCGCUUCGUUGUGGUGUAAUUGUGAAACAAUAAAACAUUUGAAUACUGCAAAAUAAACGGACGAAUAUAAAUCGAUUGAAAAAAAAAACCCGUGUUGAACACACCUAUAAAUAAAAUUGAAAACAUUGAAUUAUGGCUGUUUACUUGAAUCGAACCCUGUCGAUCAUGUCUGGAAAUCUUGCAUCGCCUUCACAUGAAAAUGGUUUGGAUCGUUCGCUGCAUAAUAUUGCCUACGAAAAUUCACCGCUACAGAUUUUUGUUAAAGCUAAAAAGAAAAUCAAUGACAUUUUUGGCGAAAUUGAAGAGUAUGUCAUCGAAACCGCACAUUUUAUGGAUGAACACAAUGCCGAAGUGGCACUCAUUGACAAAGCUGAAGCCGAACAGUUCCAAAGCUAUGUGCAUAAGGUGGCAGCCAUCCGACAAGUGCUCAAUCGAGAUCACAUGAAAGUGGCUUUCUUUGGCCGAACAUCAAAUGGCAAAAGUUCCGUAAUCAAUGCGAUGUUACGCGAAAAAAUUCUACCAUCCGGCAUUGGGCAUACUACGAAUUGCUUCUGUCAAGUAGAAGGGGUCGACGGCAACGAAGCAUAUUUGGUCAAAGAAGGCUCUGAUGAACGGCUCAAUGUUACCAAUGUACAGCAAUUGGCAAAUGCUCUCUGCUCAGAGAAAUUAUGCGAGAGUUCAAAGAUUCGAAUCUUUUGGCCACGGGAGCGUUGUAGCUUGCUUCGUGAUGAUGUCGUAUUUGUGGACUCACCUGGUGUAGAUGUUUCACCGAAUCUCGAUGAUUGGAUCGAUAAUCAUUGCCUGGACGCAGAUGUAUUUGUGCUGGUCUUGAAUUCGGAGUCAACAAUGACACUUGCGGAAAAACAAUUUUUCCACACCGUGUCGAAGCGGUUGUCAAAGCCGAAUGUAUUCAUUCUGAUGAAUCGCUGGGAUGCAUCUGCCAAUGAGCCAGAGUUUUUGGAAUCCGUUAAGUCACAACAUCAAGAACGUUGCAUCGACUUUUUGGUUAAGGAGUUGAAAGUUGCCAAUAUGAAAGAAGCUGAUGAACGGGUGUUCUUCGUGUCAGCACGUGAAACACUUCAAGCACGUAUCUGUGAAUCAAAGGGUCAGCCACCAAACAAUGGUGCAUUGGCUGAAGGAUUUUCCAAUCGCUACUUUGAGUUCCAGGACUUUGAACGCAAAUUCGAAGAGUGUAUUUCGAAAUCGGCCGUCAAGACAAAGUUCGAACAGCACAGUUCACGUGGUAAAACGAUUGCAAAUGAAAUGCAUCAAAUGCUCGACGAAAUCUUUGAAAGAGCUGGAUCAACCCGAAAUGAGAAACUCAAGCAAAAGGCCCAACUCACCGAUCGUAUUGGUCACACGGAACAAGAAUUGAUGUCAAUCACACGCGAAAUGAAAUUGAAAAUCCACAAUAUGGUCGAAGAAGUUGAACAAAAGGUAUCCAAAGCAUUGAAUGAGGAAAUUUGGCGUUUGAAUGUGCUAGUCGAUGAAUUCAAUUUGCCGUUCCACACUGAACCGUUAGUUUUAAAUGUGUAUAAAAAGGAGAUCAAUGGCUAUGUAGAAAAUGGGCUGGGAUCGAAUCUCAAGUCACGUCUAUCGACCGCAUUGGCCAUGAACAUCGAAACCGCUCAACGUGAAAUGACCGAACGCAUGCACUCACUCAUACCUACUGAAAGUAUCAAACAACAAAGCAAACAGAUUCUGGCACGAACACAACCAUUCGAAAUGUUCUACACAUUGAAUUGCCAGAACCUUUGCUCCGACUUCCACGAAGACUUGGAAUUUAAAUUUUCAUGGGGCAUCACAGCGAUGAUCCAACGAUUCACCGGCAAAGCUAAGAAACAACAAAACAAAGGCGCUAUCAUGUAUAACAGACAAAAUAGCACAGCAAGUAUUCCAAAUGUUCUGAGCCCAGUCACAAAUGAACCGAAUGGACCUCAAUCAAUGUGUCUUAUUCAACAAACGGGUAUUUCACAAGAGCAAAUAUCAGUGAUAUCUCGUUUCGCAAUGGCAUCGAUCGGUUCACAAGGGACAGUCGGUGGUUUGGUUGUAGCUGGAUUUUUGCUGAAGACCGUUGGAUGGCGUGUGCUGGUUGGCAUUGGAGCUCUUUAUGGCUGUGUCUAUUUCUACGAGCGGCUUUCUUGGAAUAAUUCAGCUAAAGAACGAACAUUUAAAGAACAAUACGUUCGUCAUGCUACCAGAAAAUUGAAGCUAAUCGUAGAUCUGACAUCAUCAAAUUGCAGCCAUCAAGUGCAACAAGAGCUUUCAGGAACGUUUGCUCGUUUGUGUCGCGUUGUUGACACCGCCACCUCCGACAUGACUGACGAACUGAAGAAAAUCGAAGGUGAACUCGCUGUGCUCGAGGCAAAUCAAAAGAAUUUGAAACUUCUCCGCAACAAAGCAAACUAUAUUACCAGCGAAUUAGAAAUUUUUGAUACAAACUACAUUCGACCAAAUUGAAUCGACCGGCCUCCAGCUCACCGCAGGAAUACCACACGUUUCAAUUUCAAUGACACAAUAAUAAAAGAAAUUUUACCAGUUUUUCAACAUGAAAAUAAAAAAAACGUUGAAUAUUUAGAGCAGAUAUAGGUAUUUUCUGUGUGAUCCUAUUACUUUAUUUCUUUUUAAAUCGGCAUCCGGAAAAAUUAGGCUAAAUUGGUCAAAAUUGUUUUAAAAAAACACACACACACAUUGUUGUUGGAAAAUCAUAUUGUUUUUAAUAAUUCGAACAAAACAGGAGCGAGAUUCCACAAAGCGAUGAAUCACACGUAGUAAACUUUUUCAUUUUCAAUUGCAAUCAGUCGGCAUUCGCAUUCAAUGCAAUGACCGGCUAACAUGUAAUGUAAAUUGAGUUGUUAUUAUUAUUUAAUAAAACAAUUGAAUGAAAUAUACUAAAGGAA